CGGAGAGUGUCCCCGGUAGGAUCUGUUCCUCGGUCCAGCGUGGGACGGGGUCUGCAGUCCAGGAGCUCCGGAGCUGCCACCGCAGGUCCUCUAACUAGCCAGAGGGCGAGUUGGAAGGAGCCCGGCGCAGCCACCUGCCUUUCUCAAAUACACCCGCUCCUGGGGCACCUAAGGUCGCGGGCCCGGAGGGGACGGUGCUUUGCUGUCAGAUGUGGAAAGAGGGUGCGUUGCGGUUUCCUCCUCCAGUCUGGACAUUUUUCACCGAUUUUUUUUCUCACCUUCUCUUAACUCCCAAAGUUUCCUGGCCUCUUUUUGUUCAUAUCUCUAGCGUCCAUUCAUGUAUUCAUUCAUUUAGCCAGUUUUUAAUCCAGCAUUUACAAAUGCAGAUACUGUUUUAGAAUUACAAAAUUGAGCAAGACAGACAAAACUCCCUACCCUCACGGAGUCUAGGAGCCUAAGUUUUAGCAAGAGUAGUACUACAAUAAAUAAUAGAUGUGGUAUAUAAAUAACUUAUGCACCAUAUUGAAAAGUGAUAAAGUGCGAAAAGAAAAGGAAGAGUAAUGUAAAGCAAGGUAACAUAUCAGGGCUAGAAGAAGGUAGGUUGUAAUUUUAAAUAAGGUAAAGUAGAUCUCCCUGGGAAGAUGACAUAUAAGCAAACUUUUGGCGAUAGCCUGAAGUGAACAGAACAGCUAAUGGAAAGGCCUAAGAUGGAAAUGUGCCUGGAAUGGAAAAGAAAGGUCACUGCGACUGAAUGAGAUUCAAUGAAGGAGAAUAGUAGAAGAGGAUGUCAGAGGUAAUGGUCAAGGUCACAUCCUAUAGACAGUUAAAAGACUUGAAGCCUUAAUCUUGAGGGAGCAGGAAAAGAGGUUAUACAUAAUGAGAGCACUCUAAGCCCCUGUGCCUCUGUUAGGACUUGGACUUUCAUUUCAGUAAAAUGGAGCCAUUGGAGAGUCUUGAGCAGAGAGGAAAUGAUCAACGUAAGUUGUAAAUGGAUCUUUCAGACUGCUGUAUCAAAAGACAAAAAGAAGCAAGGACAGAAGCAAGGAGACUGGUUAUAAAUCUAUUGAAGUAAUGGGGAGGAGGGAUGAUAGUAAUAGUGGCUCACACAGGUGUUAGCAAUGGAGAUUGUAUUGUUGGUAUAUUUCAAUUUGUCUUUUUGUGCUCCCUCAUCUCCACAGAUGCAGCACGUCCUCAGUGAUUCCUUCCCCCAUCCUUUGUGAUCACUUUCCUCUCACUUUGCUUUCCUUCACCAAAUAUGUAGGAAAACAAGAUAUGAGAUCAAACACCUGACUUAGGUUGAUGAUGAGCCUGAAAUCUAGAUUAAUGUUUAACACAUCAAGCCAAAUAGCAGCUGCCCGGUAAGUCAAGAAGUUUCCUUUUACUGGUACCACCAUAACUUCUUGUUUGGAAACUCAAUCUGACCAGCAUGAAGAAGGACAGUGGUAGAAGACUAUAAAAGAAGGCUGAGUAAAACAUGUGGCAGGUUGUGCUGUCAGAUGAGAGUCCAGGACCACCAUGCCAGAUACUUUGCAUUCCCACCAAUACUCAGCUCCUUCAGGAAAAAGCUGUACUGGCUUCUCAAUAUCCUGCCUUCACUAAAGAUGGAAGUCAAGGAAACCUACUAGAAACAGAUGCUACACUGAUAAGCCAGGCCCAAGCACCAUUAACAUUUGAAGAUAUAGCUGUGAACUUUACUAGCAAGGAGUGGCAGAGACUGACCUACUCUCAAAGGCUUCUCUAUAAGGAUGUGAUGUUGGAAAAUUAUGGAAACAUGGUAUCCCUUGUAUCAACAGGCAAGAUACAGCCUGGGAGUGAGAAGGCACCUCCAGAACAAGAGGAUUUUGAAAACAGAGACAUCUUCUGGGGGAAAUGUAACAGUCUUCUAAAUGUUGUUACCCAGGAUCCUGAGGUUAGAGAAGUUUGUAUACAGAAUGUCAAACUAGAAAAUCAGUGGGAAACAUUCAUAAGGGAGAAACUGAAAGAAGUGAGAAAAGGCCCUGAGGAAGUGACCUUCAAAAAGGGAAAGAACCAGAAGGUACUAAAAAAAAUCUUCAGUUCGAACUCAAAAUGUAUUCCAUGUAAUAGAGUAUUCACAAAGCAAAAACUUCAUGAAUAUGCCACAUGUGGCAAAAACUUCAACUGGCAUCCAGACCUAAUUCUCCAUGAUCAAAUUCAUUCUGGUAAGAAAUCCCAUGUCUGUAAAGAGUGUGGGAAAGCUUUCAAGACCAGAAAUCAGUUUUAUAUACACCACAUAAUCCACACAGGGGAGAAACCUUUUAACUGUACCCACUGUGGGAAAACCUUCAACAGUAGAUCUGCUCUUUGCCGACAUAAAAAAACUCACAGUGAGGAGAAGCCUUAUGAGUGCCAGCACUGUGGGAAGGCGUUCAAGACCAGGAACCGUCUUGGUGUGCAUCAGGUGGUCCACACUGGGGAGAAGCCUUACAAAUGUAGUGACUGUGGAAGGGCCUUCCAGUUUAAGCAUUCCCUUACCACCCAUGGCAGAAUCCAUACUGGGGAGAAACCAUAUGAAUGUGAGGUGUGUGGGAAGGCUUUCAGGGGAAGUUCAGAUCUCACCAAACACAAAAGAGUCCACACUGGGGAGCGACCUUAUGAGUGCAAUGAGUGUGGGAAGGCCUUCAGUCGGAGCUCAGACCUAAGCAAACACAGAAGAAUCCACACUCAGGAGAAACAUUUUGGGUGCCCUCGGUGUGGAAAAGUCUUUAGUAUCAAGGCAGAGUUCAGUAAGCAUAGAAGAAUCCACAGUGAGGAGAAACCUUACAAGUGUGAGGAGUGUGGAAAAGCCUUCCAUCAUAACUGUAAGCGCAGGGCUCAUGAACUAGAACACACAGGGAAGAAGCCCUAUCCAUGUGGAGAUUGUGGGAAAACUUUCCAGGAUAGGCACUGCCUUACCAUCCAUCAAAGAAUCCACACUGGAGAGAAACCUUAUCAAUGUUUGGAGUGUGGCAAAGCUUUCAGUGGGAAGUCCAACUUGACCAAUCAUCAGAGAAUUCACACUGGAGAGAGACCAUACAAAUGUGAAAUUUGUGGAAAGACCUUUCAUCAUAAUUCAGUACUGAAGCAACACAAAAGAAUCCACACGGGUGAAAAGCCAUACACAUGCCAUGAGUGUGGCACAUCUUUCCGUCAGUGCUCAGCUUUAAUUGGACAUAAGCGAGUUCAUACUGGGGAGAAACCUUAUGAAUGUGAGGAGUGUGGGAAAGCUUUCAGGGUGAGCUCCAAUCUUACUGGACAUAAGAAAAGAAAACAUUUGAGUAUGGACUAUACAUGAGCUUGAUGAGAAUGGGAAAGCCCUCUUUCCAGUAAAUACUUCCCAGACCUUCUCAGUAAUCAGUAUUUUGACCACCCAUGCCAGAUUGUAAUGACUCUGUUGUUUACACUUUCCAUUUCCUUUCCAAUUCUUAGACUGGUCCUUCUUGUUCUCUAUUGGGUGUUCCUGAUUUCCUGACUGAUAAUUGUGAGGACCCCACCCAGAGGCUUUGUUCUUUAUCUUACUUAUUCAGAGUGUGUGUGUGUGUGUGUUUAUUUUUUUCAGUGAGCACAGUCACUUUUAAGGGUUUGUCAAACACUUUUUCUUUUUUGGGGGGGGUACAGGGGAUUGAACCCAGGGGCACUUAACCACUGAGCCAUAUCCCCAGCCCUUUUUUAUAUUUUAU